AUGUUAAAUUUCAAUAAUUCACUUAAUAAUGUAGAAGAUAAUAGAGCAUGCAAAACAUCUGUUAUCUGUGGCACGUGUGGACGUAAAGAUACAACACCAUAUCAUCCAAUAUUAUAUGAACCAGUGAUUAGUUGUGAAUACUCUUAUGGAUGUCAUAAUCCAAGUAAUACACCGAAAUGGCUUGAUGUGGAAAGUAUUGAACGCUUAAUUAUUCAAUAUGGAUUAGCUCAAAAUUUAGCCGAACAAAAAGCAACAACAAAUUAA